UGGUCUGUUUGCACGAAUGUAUCUACUUAUAGGAGAUAUCACAUUGCGACCACACUGUAACUUGAUCAUAUUAUCUAACAUUUAUAGUUAUAUAUAUGGACAUAAGAAGUUUUGACAUUGUUCUUAGUUUGCCGUGACUUCUCGAAAAGAUAUCUAAGUUGAAAUGAGCACAUUACUUUUAAAGUUUCCAUAAAGUGCCUGCUAAAAGUUUACAAUGGCUCAAAGAUAAAUUAUUAAGUUUCUCGUUUUUCUUCAUGACUCUUUCGAGAAAAUGAUGCCAUUAAAUGAUCAAAUUCUAUAUAAAAUCGCGUUGCAUGUUUUGCAAUGCAAAAUUUGAUCUGUGUUCGUGUAUCAAUUAAAGUCAUAAUUCUGUAUGAUUACGAAAUAAAUAUGGAUCUAAGCACGAUGAAAUUUCAAUUAGAAAAGAAAAACAAGAAAAAUGUAAUUUAUAAAUCAUACGCAUAUUGUUAUUGUGGAAGAGUACUAAUUGUGGACAUGCGUUUUUAUCAACAUAUAACACUUGCAUUCUAUCAAAUGAGAGUAAAUUUCACCAUUCUUACAAGUGACAAUAAAAACUUUAUAAAAUAUGCAUAUGUAAAGAAUGAAGAAUCGAUAAAGAAAUUACCAUGGGGGAAAAAGUGGGUAUAUUGUAUGUUGACAUUGAACAACAGCUUCUGGCAGCAGAAGGUAAACGAAUGCAUUUUUACUCGGGAUCCAGAAAUGUUAACAUACUUGGUUUGUAAUAAUAAUGUCACGUAUUAUUUGCUUAUGUCAAAUGAAUCGAUGAACAAGUUGAUGGGAUAUAAAAGGCUUGCGGAACAUUAUCGUUUGAUGAUAAAAAAAUAUGUGAAAAGAAAGACUAUGCUGAAAUAUAUCUUGGAGAAAUUAUAUGAUAGAAUAUUAUUCAGAUUUUUCGAAGUUAUGUUUCUUGAGAAUCUUAAAUGAUGCUAUUAUAUAAAUGUUCUAUGGAUUAACUCGAAACGAUAAUGGAAUUUGUACGAAGAAAAAAAAACGUGACAUGCUUGGAAAAAUAGACUUUAUCUUAUGGAAUUUUGGAAGAAUGUAUAAAUAAAUUGAAUGAA